GCCCGCCUAUAUCCCCAGGCUCGCGCUGCGCCCAGCAGAAGCUGGGGAGAUGGCACUGCAGUUUGAAGCCUUCUAUGCAGGGGGCCUGGCCCCCGGCUGGAACCUGCUGGUCCAGGGACACUCUGACUCUGGAGAGGACAAGUUCGAGAUCAACUUCUUGUCGGAGGCGGGGGACAUCGUCCUCCAUAUCAAGCCCCGCUUCUCCAGCGCCAGCAUCGUGGCCAACACCUUCCAGGGCGGUCGCUGGGGCCAGGAGGAGGUGUCCACCGUCUUCCCGCUGGUGCUCGGGGAGCCCUUCGAGAUGGAGGUCAGCUCGGAUGCGGAGCACUUCCACGUCCACGCCCAGGAGCACAAGGUGCUGCAGUUCGCCCACCGCCACAGGCCGCUGGCCGCCAUCACCCGGGUGCAGGUGCUGAGUGACCACCGGCUGGCCCAGGUGGAGCUGGCCAGGAGAGGCCUGAGCUGGGGGGAAGGGGGCUACUGAGCUGUGCCUGAAGUCCCAGGAGCGAGCCGUGGCCAUUGGCCACCCCACGUCCAGUGAAGCCCACCUUGGGGAAGUUGGGGGGAGGGCUCUGUAGUCCUGGGCACCCCCCCGCCCCCCGCCCCCAUUCCAGCUCUACCUUCAAUAAAGUCUAAGCAGGCUGCAGGAUCCUGGCUACU